GUGGAGGGUUUAAAAACUUAAGUGAAAAUUAAUCUAAUGUAAUAAAUUGAUUGAUAAUACUUCGCAAAUUAGACACAAAAUAAAACUAGAUCAACAUGAUGUCAUCAACAAAACUAAAACCAAUUACAACAUUCCAAAGCCUCAUUUGUCUAAGUCUCAAGACGCCAAUCUAUGAAGCAAAGGAGAAAAAAUUGGAACUAACUAAUUUAAAAAUGGGGUAGAGAAUGAAGAGAUAAGCUGCAUGCUAAACAGUUUGUUUUGAUAAUAAUAUAUAUUUCAGAAAAACACUCUCAUCUCAUUGUAAAUAUCAAAUCACAACUAUUGAUUAGUCUAAUAGCCAGGAAAGCAUUUUUCUAUGCGACAUUGUAGAAAUUUAAAAUUGACUUUUACAAGGUAGAUGAUUAAACAAAAUAAAAAUGA